AUGGAAUAUAUUAAACGAAAGACAUCAGACCAUAGUCCCAUGGUGAUUCGUUUAACCCAUGUUAAUACUAGGUACGAGCCUUCUCCGUUCCGGUUCCAAAAAAUGUGGUGUUCUCAUGGUUCAUUUCAAAGGUUGGUAGAGGAGACAUGGAAACAGCCUACGUUGGGAUCGGGAAUGGUUAAGCUGGCUGCAAAAUUGAAGCGACUUAAGAUGGAGCUGAGGAUAUGGAAUAAAUCUGUGUUUGGGAGAGUGGAUACUAAUAUACAGGAGCUAGAAGCAAGGAUGGCAGUCUUGGAAGCCCAAUUGCAGUCUGGUUUCUCAGAAAAAAUUGAAGCCAAUUAUAUUGUCACUAAAUUGGAGAUUGAUAUUUGGGAGAAGAGGGAGGAGAGUCGUCUAGCCCAAUUAGCAAAGAAUAAGUGGUUAAAAGAAGGUGAUCAGAACCCCAAGUUUUUCCAUGCGGUUGUAUCGCAGUGUAGGCGUGGUUCGGUUAUUUCUCAAAUGAGGUUGGCAGAUGGUACAAUGUUGGAUUUAGCAAAGAAGGUGCACUUGGGGGCAGUGGAUUAUUUCACUAAUUUUCUUACAGAUAUGCCGCAGACUGAACAUGCAAAUCUUUCUCCUCUUGUGGGAUUGGAAAUAUCUGAGGAGGAUAACUCCAGUUUGUGCCAUAGUCCUUCGGAAGAGGAAGUGAAGGAGGCCGUUUUUUCAAUUCCAGAACAUAGUAGCCCUGGUCCGGAUGGGUAUGGUUCCUCUUUUUAUAUUUCUUGUUGCCAUAUUGUGAAAGAAGAGGUGGUGGAGGCCGCAAGGGAUUUUUUUGCGGGCAAGUAA